AUGUCCCUAUAUGAUAUUGAUGUUGUUAUCUCAUCACAGACGCUAGUUGUAGACCCACAGGAAUCCGCCAAAGCGGUGCCGCCGCUUGGCUCCGUCGAGCUCCGGCCGUCCCUCCUCCUCUACCGCAUCUCCAGGCCGCUCCACCGCAACUCACAGCCAAAGACCGAGUCGCUGCUUCCGGUGAGCGCGUGUGACCACGGCCGGCCGGAGGGCUCGCUGCGGCGCCGGGAUGGCGGCGGGGCAUUCCGGCCGGAGGUGCUGCUGCCGGCGUCUUCUUCUUCUGGCAACCUCGCCCGCGACCUACUGAUGUCGGCCACCACUCGAAGCCCCUGCAUCCCGGAAGGGAUGUAUAGGAUUUUAAAUGUGUUCCAGCCUUCCAUGUAUAUAUCAGCCCUUAGUUCUGCACUUACAAGAUCACUGAUGGCAACAGAUCAAACAGCUGUGUCGUGUGACGAUGGGCUGCGGGAGGGGCUCGCUGUGUUGCCGGGAUGGCGGCGGGGAGGCACGGAUGAUGAAUCUGUGUUCCCCUGCCCUGGCUGCUUCUCCCUGCAGUACGGCCGGAGCUGCUGCCGCUGGCGUCUUCCGGUGACCACGCCAUCUUCUACUGCCUGCCAGCACUCUGAGCUGCUACUGCCUCGUGCGGCUGACAUAUGUAGAUGGUUCUGCGAUGGAGGCGGGUGGCCCUCGGCGGCGACGGAGCGGGGCACGAGGCUGCUAACUCGCUGGAUACAGGGCAACCGGUUCACUGGUGUUCUGCCUGCGGAGCUGGGCAGCCUGAGCAACCUGCAAGAGCUUGUGGCUUCAGAUAACAGCUUCUCCGGUCGGGUGCCUCCCUCGCUUGUUCAGCUUUCCCAGCUUUUCCUGCUUGAUCUGAGCAGCAAUUCACUCUCUGGGGAGAUCCCAGGGAACUUUGGACGGUUCAAGAGGCUGACAAGACUGAACCUUUCGCAUAACCACCUCACUGGAAUCAUCCCUCCAGAGAUCGGUGAAACCAGCGGUAUGGAUAUGCUGGAUUUGUCCAACAAUGAGCUUUCCGGUGGGGUGCCCGCGCAACUGCAGAACCUUCACCCGAGUGCUUUCAACCUCUCCUACAACAACCUCGGUGGACCUCUGCCUCGUUUCUUCACCGCCUCCAGGUACCGAGAGAGCUUCCUGGGCAACCCUGGCCUCUGCUACGGGCUAUGCACACGCAAUGCCGAUCCAGACGCCAUCCAGCGCGCCCGGAUCAACCUCGCCGCCACCAUCCUCUCCACGGCGGCCAUCAUCCUGCUCAUCGCUCUCGCAUGGUUCACCUACAAGUACAGAAUCUACAAGAAACGCGCCGCCGAGAUCGCUUGCGAGAAGGCGACCUGGGUGCUCACGUCCUUCCACAGGGUGGACUUCGACGAGAGGGACAUCGUCAACAGCCUCGACGAGAGCAACGUGAUCGGCCAAGGCGCCGCGGGGAAGGUGUACCGCUCCGUCGUCGGGCCGAGGAGCGAGACCGUCGCCGUCAAGAAGCUCUGGGCGACCACAACCGCCGACGGUGCCGCCGUGGACAACAGCAAGGACGACGACACCUUCGAGGCCGAGGUGGCCACGCUGAGCAGGAUCAGGCACAAGAACAUCGUCAAGCUCUUCUGCUCCGUCACCAGCAGGGCCUGCCGGCUGCUCGUCUACGAGUACAUGCCCAACGGCAGCCUCGGGGACCUGCUCCACGGCGCCAAGGCCGGCGUCCUGGACUGGCCGGCGAGGCUCAAGAUCGCUGUCCAUGCCGCCGAGGGCCUCUGCUACCUGCACCAUGACUGCGUGCCCUCCAUUGUCCACCGUGAUAUCAAGUCCAACAACAUCCUGCUCGAUGCCGAGUUUGGCGCCAAGGUUGCGGAUUUCGGUGUGGCCAAGACUCUUGGAGAUGACCCAGCCACCAUGUCCGUCAUCGCUGGCUCUUGCGGUUACAUCGCUCCUGAGUAUGCCUACACCCUUCAUGUAACUGAGAAGAGCGAUGUGUUCAGCUUCGGCGUGGUCAUUCUGGAGCUUGUCACCGGCAAGAGCCCUAUGGCACCAGAGAUCGGCGAGAAGGACCUGGUGGCGUGGGUGUGCGACAACAUUGAUCAAAAUGGCGCUGAGUCUGUUCUUGAUCAGAAGAUCGUCGACCAGUUCAAGAACGAGAUGCGCAGGGUUCUGAACAUCGGCCUACUGUGUGUCAACAAGUCCCCGAACAACCGGCCACCGAUGAGGUCUGUGGUGAAGUUGCUGCUGGAGGUGCAGGGACAGAACAAGCCCAAGGCAAAGAAGGAGGAGGCCCCUGCCUUCUGAUCUGGGGCCAAAAACAG